AUGAACAGUCUUAUACCAGGCGAUUCCUUACAACGAGAAGAGAAUUCGACCUUCUCCCCUCCCCCUUGCAAUCCCCAACUCCACUCUCUCCCCGUCCUCCCCUUCUUCACCCUCUCUCUUCGCCCUACUCCACCCGGCUUUCCCGUUCUCUCCGUUUCUCCCUCCUACAUCCUCCCACCCCAUCCCCCCCACGUCCCCGUCCCCCGCGUCCCCCUCCCCCUGCUCUCCGCGGCAGUGACGUUUCUGACGGAGUGCCAGGCGGCAUGGACGCGCAGUUUCAGCGGAUGGGACGCCACUUCCAACUGCAGCGAGGCCGUGUUCGUCACAUGCGACCAGGACGGCAUGCUCACCUCCAUGGGCCUCUUGUCGCAGUCGCUCACAGGGUUCCUGCCAUCAUCCAUGGGAGCUGCCACACGACUCUCCAAGCUUGAUCUCUCCGCCAACAACUUCUCAGGAGGCUUGCCUGCCGCUAUUGGGAAGCUCUCCCUGCUCACUUACCUGUACGCCCGCGCUUCAUUGCCCUCAUUUCCCUCAUUGCCCUCAUUGCCUUCUCUGCCUCUCUCAUUGCUUCCCUCACGCUUUCAGCAACUCUAUACCGUCAUUCGUGCCCUUCUUUUAUCUCGAUCACUCUCGCCAGCCACCACCUCUCUCACACUCCCACCACCACCUCAUAUCGUCCCUCGCUACUACACUCGCACUCCCACCUCCCCGCCCUCGCCCCCCACCACGACCACCACACAUAGCAGGUCGGUGUCUCAGAACCGACUGGCUGGCGCUAUUCCCAGCACCAUCUCCGCGCUCUCCAACCUCGAGCAGCUCAGCCUGUACAACAACUCGUUCUCGGGUUCCAUUCCCCCUGCCAUCUAUGGGCUCAAGGCCCUCACCGUGCUGGAGGUAGGGCGCAACUACUUCACGGGGUCCUUCCCCUCACAGUUCGGUGCCCUGUCCAACCUCGAGUACCUCUAUGCGCGGGAGAACGCCCUCCAGGGCAGCAUCCCUGCCACUCUGGGUAGCCUCAGCCGCCUCACCAUCAUUCAGCUGGGCGGCAACAAGCUCACCGACUCCAUACCUGCUUCCUUCUCCAACCUCCUCAAUCUGCAAGGCCUGUGCGUCGCCUCUCCUCCCUCUGCCCCUCCUCCCUCUGCCCCUCCUCCCACUGCCCCUCCCCUCUCUGCUCCUCCCUUCAAGCCCCCCCCCCUCGCUACUCCUCCCUCAUGCUGCGUUGUUUCGUGUCUCUCCUCCCAAACUUUACUCCUUCAAAAACAGGUUCAUAAACAACACUUUGCUUUUCCUCGUGCUUACUCCCCUACCGCUCCCCCCUCCUUCCUUAACUUCCAACCCUUCCCCACCUUCUCCUUUCCCGUGCCCCCACAUCCGUUUGACUGA